AUGGAUUUUACAAAAGUAAUUAUCCAAAAAAACUAUGCACCAAACACAACUGUAGGUAGUGAUUGCUUUCCUAUCUAUAAGCGUCCACAUAAUGGGGUAUAUGUUAAACUAAGAGGAAGCAAAUUAGACAAUCGUUGGGUUGUUCCAUAUAAUCCAUAUUUACUAGCAAAAUUUGAUUGUCACAUUAAUGUCGAAAUUUACUCAACGGUAAAAGCAGUCAAAUAUCUCUACAAGUACAUUUACAAAGGUCAUGAUCGGGUUGCUUUUAACUUGUCUUCGGAAGAAAGUAUUAAUGAAGUGGAUGAAAUCAAACAAUAUCAGUGUGGUCGAUGGAUCACCCCUCCAGAAGCUAUGUGGAGAAUAUAUGGAUUUAUUAUUAAUGAAAUGUAUCCAUCAGUAUAUAGCUUACAUUUACAUCUUGAAGAUCAACAAUCAAUCACUUUCCAUGGAAAUGCAGAUCUAAAUAAUAUUUUAAAUUCAGACCGUUAUCAAAAAUCUAUGCUAACAGAAUUCUUUGCCACCAACAAAGUAGAUGAAAAUGCAAAAAGACUACUAUACAAAGAAUUUCCACAACAUUACGUAUGGGACAAUCAACACAAACAAUGGACUCCACGGAAAAAGAAAAAAGUAAUAGGACGAAUUGUUACAGCAAAUCCCCUUGAAGGUGAAAGAUAUUAUCUCCGAUCACUACUAAGCCAUGUAAGAGGACCUACAUCCUUCGAAGAUCUAAGAUCUAUUGAUGGAAUAGUAGCUCCAACAUUUCGUGAUGCAGCAACAAUGCGUGGUCUUCUCCAAACAGAUAAUACCUUAGAAGAUUGUUUGCAAGAAGCAUCGAUAUUCCAAAUGCCAAACAGUUUGAGACGGUUAUUUGCAACAAUAUUGGUCUUCUGUAAUCCUAAUAAUCCAAGAUAUCUAUGGGAACGAUUCGAAAAAGACAUGUCAGUAGAUUACAAAACAUCAGAAGAUUCCACUUCAAACGUAAGCAUCGAAGCACUGAAGUCAAUUGCUUUAGCGAUUGAGUCAAUGGGGAAAGAUAUUAACACAUUCAAUCUCAUAGACAACCACAUCUCAUUUGAUGAUGAAGAAAUUCAGACAAGAGAAAUCAACGAUGAACUAGAUGGACCUGGUGGAACUGGAAAAACAUUCUUAUACAAGGCUCUUUUGGCUAAAAUAAGAUCAACAAAUUUAGUAGCUUUAGCAACUGCAUCUUCAGGUGUUGCUGCAUCAUUCUUCCUGGUGGGAGAACUGCACAUUCAAGGUUUAAACUUCCCCUUCAUACUGGAGAUAAAAACACAUGUUCCGUGA